CAUCGUCAUAAUCAAUUUUCAUUCACUCAUUCAGCAUCUUUACCCACCAUUAACGUUUUUCACAUGUAACGCAGAAAAGGAGGCAGCUACCCAUAAUUAAUCACCACUUACCGUUUCUCACUGCGAUUCAAAAACAAACAAGCAUACCCCUCCUCCGGAUUUGCACUUACUUACCUUAGACUUCACAUUUCCAUUGCAAAAAGAUCGGUUUUUUCUUUUUCUUUUUGCCAACUUCUACACACAUCUCCCAACUUCCAUGGGUCUCAGAAUUCAUUUCUGCAAGAAUCAUAUCCAUGUGGUUUUUUUUGUUGAGUCUAAAAUAAUUCAGACUUUUUCAAAAAAAGGAUCCUUUUUUUUCUUCCCUCAGAUUUCAAGUUUAGUACCACAUAAUUAAAGCAAAAUAAUAAUUCCUCAUUGAAAAAAGGAAUUUAAUUUUUAUUUUUAAAUUUUGAAUAGUUUAUUAAUUUCAUGAAUCUUCCUUCUUCCUCUCAUUGAAAAAGAAGAAAAAAUAGAACCCAAUCCAUCCAUCCUAUUUUAUUUUCAAAAGGAGAUGUGCAGCUUUGAAUAAUCAUCAACAUCAUCAUCACCAGAAGAAGAAAUGUUUGGGACUCAAUCAAGAGAAAUCUCCCAUGAAUUUCAACCCCAAGUUUUCAAAACAAGUAUACAAACAAGAAGGGCAAAUAUGACUGUAAAAUUCCAAGAUUUAUAUGGAUUCACAGUAGAAGGAAAUGUUGAUGAUGUGAAUAUAUUAAAUGAGUUAAGAGAGAAAGUUAGACAACAGGGUCGUGUAUGGUGGGCAUUAGAAGCUAGCAAAGGUGCUAAUUGGUAUUUGCAACCUCCUCCUGCAGUUUCUACAUCAAAGAUUUCUGUGGGUUCUUUAAAAUCAUCCGCCCUUGCAGUUGCAAAUACAAUUGCAUUGAAAAAGCUUAUCAGAAAUGGGAUUCCACCUCUACUUAGGCCAAAAGUCUGGCUUUCUAUCUCUGGGGCAGCAAAGAAAAAAUCAACUGUUCCUGAGAGUUAUUAUGUUGAUAUGCUUAAAGCUGUGGAAGGCAAGGUUACUCCUGCAACAAAGCAGAUUGAUCAGGAUCUACCACGCACAUUCCCUGGUCAUCCAUGGUUAGACACCAUGGAAGGACAUGCAACUCUCCGACGUGUUCUUGUUGCGUAUUCCUUUCGGGACUGCCAUGUUGGGUAUUGUCAGGGGUUGAAUUAUGUGGCAGCGUUACUAUUACUAGUCAUGAAAACAGAGGAAGAUGCAUUCUGGAUGCUAGCUGUCCUCUUAGAAAAUGUGCUGGUGAAUGAUUGUUACACGGACAAUUUGUCUGGAUGCCAUGUUGAACAAAGGGUGUUUAAAGAUUUGCUUGCUAAGAAGUGCCCAAUGCUCUAUAAUCAUUUAGAAUCUAUUGGUUUCGAUGUUUCGCUUGUUGCAACAGAGUGGUUCUUGUGCCUCUUUUCUAAAAGCUUGCCCUCCGAGACAACACUGCGGGUGUGGGAUGUCCUCUUUAAUGAGGGAGCCAAGGUUCUAUUUCAUGUGGCUUUGGCUAUCUUUAGGAUGAAAGAAAUGGAGUUGCUAAUGACCCAACAUGUUGGCGAUGUGAUUAGUAUCAUUCAGAGAACAACUCAUCACCUCUAUGAACCUGAAGAUUUAUUGACAGUUGCUUUCGAUAAGGUAAGUUCUAUGACAGAAAACACUAUAACAAAGCAGCGGAAAAAACAAGAACCUGCAGUAAUGGCAGAGCUUGAUCAGAGACUGAAACGGUUAAACUCAAUGAAAUUGGAUGAAGGAUCGCCAGAAUCGCCCAGAUAGUGACCAGUUAUUCAUUUCUUUCUUUUACUCGAGAUCACAAUGCGUUUUGACAUUCCCACUUGAGGUCUGCUGCAUGAUAGCUUAUAACAUAAGUACCAAAGGGGGAAGAGUAGUGAUGUUCUGUGUUAAAAGAAUCACUGUGCCAAAGGGCAAGACCUAAAGUGUAAAAAAGAAAAACAGUAGGAUGUUGAUAGGCUUGUUGUAUUAUAAAUUUUUGAAAAUAUAGUUACUUGUUGUGCGACUCUCCAUCAAUUUGGUGAGUUUUUGAGUCUUUAAUUUACUUCAAAACAUUUUAGCUCUUAUUAUAAAAGAAGCCUUGUCCUUGAGCGAGCUUUCCGUU